AUGGCUACCGUACUGGCUUCAUCGGUAAUUGUGUCAUCCCAGCAAUCUUUCGGAAUAAACAGUUUUCGAUAUGCUAACGAGCUGCGAGACAGCUUCAAUCUAGCCAACGGUGCUGGUGGCCGAGGCCGUUUCUCAUUUUCUUUCGAUGCACAUCGCUCCACUAUAUCAAGUAGCCUUGAUCAGCGGCAUUCAACGCCUGAUCGAUGUUCUGUGCACACGCCCUGCAACCAUAUCUUGCUCCGAGGCAGCCAACUAGACGCUAGAAAACCGAGUCGGCGCGUUAGCUGCACAACGGGAGAAUGUAUCCCCGACCUUAGAGCUAAAACCACAGGUCCCUCUUCUUCCUCUUCCUUAAUCUCUUGUGCCUUGGAUGCUCAGUCAGCAUUCCAUCUAGCUGAUCUUGUAACGGGUCAAGAUGAGAUUAAAUGCCAAAGAAAGGUUUCUCUUGGUACGUUACUUUCCUUCUUCUUUUCCUUUCUGAUCUCAAACUUCGAGAGUAAUUUACAGGCAUUUAUUUCAUAG